CUUCAGCACAAUACAAAGACAUCAGCAGCAUAUUAUUUUGGUUUCAGAUUGACAAAUACCAUUAUGCAGCAGGAUAUGAGAUACCCACAGCCUUCAGUUUUUUGGAUGGAUCCAAGUAGAAACCCACCAUUGCCAAGCCAAGUCAACAUGCCUCUACCACCCCCAUUCCCAGACUUUAGGCGAAAACGACGAAAAAAUAGUACUUGUACGUACUUGCUGAUCAUGUUUCUUCUGGUUGUACUGGCACUAUUUGGAGUUGGUCUUGGCACCUAUAAAAUUAUUGAGUUGCAAAGGCAACUGGACAACAUAAAAGAGAUUUCUGGUGACAAAGGUCCUGCUUUGGAGAAAUUAGUUGGGCUAACCAAACACCCAUUUGAGAAGAAAGAAAGUAGACUUGCUGCACAUGUAACAGGUAAAGAAGGAAAAAAAUUGCCGCUAGAAUGGGAGGAAACAUUUGGACGUGCUUUCACCUCUGGCAUCCAAUAUAAAAACCAAAGCCUAGUGGUAAACCAGACUGGCCUGUACUUCCUUUAUUCAUCUAUUUACUUCAGAAACACUUCCUGCCAGAGUAAAGAAUUGUCCCAUACAGUCUACAAGAGGUCCCAGAGGUACCCUGCAGAGCUCACACUGAUGCAAAAUACAGAGUAUCAAUACUGCACCUCCAAUAACAAAUGGGGAAGGCACAGCUAUCUGGGUGCUCUGUUUAACUUGACCACUGAUGAAAUGUUGUAUGUCAAUGUCUCAGAUGUUGAACUUGUCAGUUUUGACGAAUCCAGGACAUAUUUCGGGCUUUACAAACUCUGACGAGGAAUUGUAUCUUAACAAAAUACAAUGGAAAAAAUUAACAAUGUUAAAACUUAAUAAUAGCCUUAGGAAUAUGACCUGCUAAUUAUAUAUAACUGCAGUGUUAUACAGUGCAACCCUAUUCCAGAAUUCCCCAACCCAAUGAUACUGACUGUCAUCAGUGUUGAGAUAUAUGUAGCUCUCAAUGAGAGAGUUUGUUCCUUUAUUUAUCACUGUAGCAUCCCUGACAUCUUCAAUAAGGAAUGUUCUUGUAAUUCAAAUAGAAAUCAAAUUUACCCAGUCAUGACCAAAUAUUAGGCUGAAGAACUGGUAAUUGUAGUAUCAAUAGCACAUGUGAUAUUAGUCAUCCAUGUUGCUUGUAGUGGUCCAAAAGUACAAAGGAUGACUGAACUGAAAGAAUUUAGCAUUUUGCACAGGAGAAAAAAAAUACCCUUUUGUUCAAAAGGAAACGGAACAAACAGCAGAGAUAGCAAAGUGUGAGGUGAUGCAGGAUUUUGUUUAACAGAAGAUGUAGGGCUGCAGAGUUCCUGCCCAACCACUCUCAAGUCAUCAAGUCAAGUGAGAAAUAUGAAAGGAGAAAAUGAGAACUCCAAUUUGACUUGCUUGUGUUGUGUGGGCACCAAUAGAUGGAAUGGAAGAAACCAGCCCUAGAGAUGAUUACAUUAUUCACAAUACAGCACAGUAUCACGAAAAUCAGUUUCACUGUCACUAAAGAAGAGGAGGCCAUAUUUAUGAAAUAGUGUUAGAUUUACUAUUUAUAUUACACUAAAUGUCUGUUUUUGUAAAUAUAUAGAUAUGUAACUGACAGGAUUAUUUAACAUGUGCACCAGGAAGUAGCAUUCCAGAUUAUAGAAAAAAAUUGAAAAUAAAGAUUUACAUUUUUGCCAAUUUCUGUCAUAAUAUCUGUUUACGCAACACUGUAAACGAUGGUCUUUUUCUGCUGGAUUUGUUU